ACCCACCCAUCAGCCAGCCAGCACCAUGGCAGCGCUCCUCCUCUUCCUCUUGCUCGCUCUCGCCGCCAGCAACAGCAAGCACGGAGGAGCAGUUGCUGCCGCCGACGACCCACCUGCCCUACGCAUCCUCACACUUCGCGGUAGCCCCGAAAACACCUCCCUGGCCGUGCAGGCCUACGACCUCUCCCUGGCCGGCUUCACCGACGAGAGCCUCCACUGGCACGCCUUCCCAGGUCACGAGCACCUGAUCCCCACGUCCAGGCCCCUCCCGUUCGGCAGCAGCUACGGCGAGCUCAUCGGCGGCCUCGCCAACGUGCCAAGCCUGCCGCUGGGGCGGGACGCCAUGCUGCAGGCCGUCCGUGUCCUCUCCGCCUAUGACCCGGCCGGCGACGUCGAGCCGGUCAAGCGCGCUCUGGCGGCGGUGAAGGUGAUGAUCUGCGAGUCCGGGCGCCUGAAGCCCAUCCGGAAGACCGUCAACGACGGAUGGGACGGCGAGUCCCGCGUCGCUCCCGAGCAUCUGCCCUACAUCGAGCACUGGGACACCAUGUCCUACGAGAUCAUCCGCUCCAACCGCACGGGGAAGUGGGACGGGCCAUUCACGCAGAUGCUGGAGACCAAGGCCAACAUCCGCAGCAAGGAGGAGGCGGUGGCCGUGAUGAACAUGCUCAUGGAUGCGGACUUCGGGCAAGUGUUCAAGGCUCACGCCAUCCCCAUCAACUUAGACUAAACGUGCAUGCAUGCAUGCAUGCAUGCUUGCAGCUGGUUCUAGACUUUAUAUAUUUAUUAGGUACAUCUCGAGUGGAUGUUUCUUUCAUGUCCGUCUAGUUUGUUCGUCCUCUAGCUGGUUGGUUGGAACAUGCAGGCUUUCAGCUUUGCUUGCUUCCUUGUCCUGUUUCAGACUUUCAGCCCAAUGUCUCAGAUAAUUUAGUCAAUUCUGUUCAGAAAACGCUAAAGCUUUGGCAUGCAUAGACAAUUUGCAGUCCAUUAAUUUGAGAGAAAAACAUUCUUU